CGAAAUUUCAGUAGUGAUUUCAUGUUAAUCAACUUAUAAAAUUUAUUCAGAAAAGAUAAAAAUCAAGAUGAAAUUCUUCAUUGCGUUCGCUGCCCUCAUCGCAGGCAUUAGUGCUGUACCAUAUCCGGCCGCCCAUCCAAUCGAUUUUACUAACGAGCGUUUGGUGACUGGUGCCAUAGAAGACGCCAUCAAAGAUGUGAGCCAAUCCAUCAAGGACGCUGGUCUGGACCCCUUCCACAUCAAGAGAGAAGACUUCAGCUACGAACUCCCAGUACCCGUGCUCUUCAAGCUCGAAGCCUUCAUUGAGGAAGUUCUGAGCACUGGUCUCAGUAACAUCAAGAUCAACAGAUUGAACUACAGCGUCCUCCUCUCUCGCCUCCAAUUCGACCUUGAGCUGCCUCUUAUACACUUUUCUCUUGGCGACGCUAAAUCUGACGCAGUUGUCUUCAGCACGGACCAUGGCUUUGCUGGCUCAGGAAGUGUCAACAUUGAGAGAAUCCGUUUUGUCGGUGAGGUCAGAGUCAACGUUGGUAUCAUCUCUGGUAUCUCAAUCCGUAGCCUCACCAUCAACUUCACCCUCAACGACAUUAAAUCUGAUGCCAAAGUGAUCCUCUUCGGCAAGGACUACUCAGAUGACUUCAACAACUUUGUCGGUGGAGUUAUUCCUAACACCAUCAAGGCUCAUUACAAAGAAAUCAACAAUCUAUUGGAGAUUGUGCUGUUAGACCUCAUCAACGAAAACUUGUAGAGUGACUUAGUACACUCUAGCAUAGCUUCACGGACUGUAAUAUACUCAUAGUGUUAAUGGUACAAGAUCUAUUUUAUAAUCUACAUUAUGCAUUGUUUUAUGAAUAAAUGUUUUUGUAAGUUA